AUGACCUUCCAUAAUGUUCUCAAAAAGACACCAGCGACCAUUCAGCAAUUCUCACUAAAUGAUAUCGAUCUUACCAAAGUGCAAACCUGGACAUUGGCGUUAAUCGCUAAAUUUGAUGCUCUACAGCAAAUCGCACUCAAUUCGUGUCGAUUCCCGUUGAAUAAGGAAUCGUUUAUAUGUCGUCUGCUAGCACCUUCAUUUCAUUCGUUGAAUGCAAUCGCAAUCACUGACACUGAUCAGAUCUCUGAUAAGUUCGUAGCGAUAAUAUCAAAGCGUUGUCCAAUGCUAAGUGAUAUCAAU